AUGCACUUGGAACAUCUCACAGAGUCGCAGUGGGGCGACCUCGAGGCAGACAUGAUGUGCCUCGUCGACGAGGCCAUGCAAAGCACUCCGCAGAUGCGGACGCGACCCAGCAGGGGCACCUGCGUCAGUGAGUACAUGGAGCUGAGCUACUGCGACACAACGGACGCCCUUCGCACACCACUAGCGCACUACUUCCGCGGCAAUCUCCUCCAUGCAACGACUCUCGCACUCAAGUUACAAGUAGCUCAGCUUCGCAAUCAGCGGCGCGUCCUCUUCAUCGCCCGGGAGUCGCUGAACCUGGAAGAUUAUCCGCCCGUCGACCACGUCGUGCGAUUCCACUUCAAAACGCUCCUCCUUCAAACGCAUGGCGACGAUUACAUCGCGGACGCCCUGCACUUGCUGUCGAGUCCGCUGGGGAAUCUCCAGGCGUUUGUCUUUAACAAGGUCGCGCACGCAUCGAUGUAUAUCGUGGACGCCUUCCCGCUCCUGCUGCAGAAGAUGCGCCUCCUCCAUGCGUUGGUCACUCGCGCGCCGCCGAAGAAACAAUCUGAAUUCCAGUGGACGGUGCACAUUAUAUAUGAAACAGAAAACGUCGCGACUGUGCUGUGCGUGCCAACGCUUCCGAUCCGCACACGCCUGCGUCGCAUGCGGCGAUGUGCUGGCAAUGCGUCGUUCCGAUUCCACGCGUUGUGCCUGGGACGCUGAAUUCGAUGUCGGUCGUCCUCGACGAAGUGUGCAAGCUGUGCUUUGUGUCGUCGGCAAGGGUGGGCGGCGCCGGUGGCACGUUCAUCUCUCGUAGUACGUGAUGCCUUGUGUGUAGGUCGACCAAAUCUCCCAUGCAUCGAUCGACCUCGUUGUCGAGUAGGUUCGCAGAGCUCGCUGUGUAGCAUCGACUCGUACUACGACAACUCAGAUAGCCUCGACACUGUCGAUCUGCGGUCCACCGUGAGCACUAGAAACGAAUGUGAAGACGAUGGCGAAGGUCUCAGCGAAGACACCAACACUGCUGGGAUCGGGCGAAUGAAGUUCGGCAUCUCGAUACCGCGCCAAAUCGUGCCAGAAACGAUAUAGCAGCUGCCGGAGUGGCAUUCGCUUCACGACGGUCGCUGUAGCUCAGAGCGGCCUGACCUCGCUCGGCAACGUCGACGGCGUGCUCUCCACGUUGUCCCAUCUAACCGACCCUCAUCUGUGGAAGCCGCUGCGCCAACAUCCAGAAUAUGCGACGGUGUCAAGAAAUCGUCGCUGCAGAAAAUGAAUUUGCCAAAUAUUUUGCCACACC